UACUGUUCAAAGAAAAUGGAAUUGAAAGGCCAACAAGGCUCUUCAGCCUAUAACCCUAUCUUCCGAGAAUCAUCAGAAACCCUAGAUCCUCCUCCUCCUCCUCCUCAUCGACUUCAACAAAAUCAAUCAACGAUCGCUCAAGGUGAGAGAAUUGACCAGAUAUCAAGCAGAUCGAGCUUGAAAACGGACGCAUUACCAGAAUCAAUGACUACAAGCGGCGUUCGAUAUCGUGAGUGCCUGAAGAACCACGCCGCGAGCGUCGGCGGCAAUGUCCUCGACGGUUGCGGAGAGUUCAUGGUGAGCGGCGAUGAAGGAACUCCGGGAUCUCUCAAAUGCGCCGCCUGUAACUGCCACCGGAACUUCCACCGGAAAGAGGUUCACGGCAGCGACACCGAUUUUCAACGGAGUACGAUGGUACAUCCACUCCACCUCCCACUCCCUUCUCCUGCUCCUCCUCCGCCAUUGCAAUCUCCAUCUCUUAAGCACCACCACAACCAGAGAAUCAAUCACUGGACUCCGAUGGUUCCACCUGUGAAACUGAGCUUUGGAGGUACCGAUUCUUCAAGUGAAGAUCUCGAUUUCAAUGGCUUCAAUUCAAAUGCAGCGGCGCCGCCAACGGCACCUCCCCCUGCGCGGCCAUUUGUGUUGUCGAAGAAGAGGUUUAGGACAAAAUUCACGGAGGAGCAGAAGAAGGGGAUGAUGGAGUUUGCGGAGAGGGUGGGGUGGAGGAUUCCCAAGGAAGAUGAUGAAGAGUUGCAGAGGUUUUGUCGGGAGGUGGGUGUGAAGAGACAGGUUCUCAAGGUUUGGAUGCAUAAUAAUAAGAAUUUCACCAAGAAGCAACCUCAACGACAACAACUACAACAGCAAGAAUCAUCAUAAACACCUUGAAAGUUUUUAAAUUAUAUUCUGUUGUGUAAAAUUUUUAAUUAUUUUCACUCAAAACUAGUCUUAUUAUCAGUCUCUUCU